AUGGCGAGUUGCUCUUUCGCUCACCACCGAGCAACAAGGAGACUGAGAGCUGCAGCAGCGGCUACGGCGGCAGCUCUAGCCGCAGUGGAGACCACCCCACUUCUAUCCUCGGGAACCCUAACCGCACUCAUUGGGACCGGGUCUUCUUGUCCGGGAGCCAUGUGGCUUUCCUCCGCCACUGGCUCCCGGUCACACUCCGAGUCUGAUGAAGAGGACCUCCCCGUCGGCGAGGAAGUCUGCAAACGCGGCUACCUGCGGAAGCAGAAGCAUGGGCACAGGCGCUACUUCGUGCUCAAACUCGAGACCGCCGACGCCCCGGCUCGGCUGGAAUACUACGAAAAUGCCAGGAAGUUCCGGCACAGUGUCCGUGCCGCGGCCGCUGCGGCAGCCGCCGCUGCCUCAGGCACCUCAGCCCCGGCGCUCAUCCCGCCGCGGCGCGUGAUCACCCUGUACCAGUGCUUCUCCGUGAGCCAGCGAGCCGACGCAAGGUACCGACAUCUCAUCGCUCUUUUUACCCAGGAUGAGUACUUGGCUCUGGUGGCCGAAAACGAGUCGGAGCAAGAGAGCUGGUACUUGCUGCUCAGCCGCCUCAUCCUCGAGAGCAAACGCCGCCGCUGCGGCACGCCCUGCGCGCAGCUGGAUGGAGAGCCGGUCGCGCUGGCGGCCCCAGCGGCGGCGGAGCCACCAUUCUACAAAGAUGUGUGGCAGGUAAUAGUCAAACCCAGGGGGCUGGGGCAUAGAAAAGAGCUGAGCGGCGUGUUCCGGCUCUGUCUUACCGACGAGGAGGUUGUGUUUGUGAGGCUGAAUACUGAGGUGGCCAGCGUGGUCGUCCAGCUCCUGAGUAUCCGUCGCUGCGGACACUCUGAGCAGUAUUUUUUCUUGGAAGUCGGCAGGUCCACCGUCAUCGGUCCAGGGGAGCUCUGGAUGCAGGUCGAUGACUGUGUGGUGGCCCAAAAUAUGCAUGAGCUCUUUUUGGAGAAGAUGAAAGCCUUGUGUGCAGACGAAUACCGAGCCCGCUGCCGCAGCUACAGCAUCAGCAUAGGGGCCCACCUGUUAAACCUGCUGUCCACUAGGAGGCACCAGGACACGGUGCGGCUGGAGCCUGGAGGCUGGCUAAGAAGGUCCCGCUUUGAACAAUUUUGCCACUUCAAGGCCAUAGGUGACGGAGAACACGAGAUGCUCCUCAACAGACACUCCGUGACACCUAGCGAGCCUGUGCCCCACUCCAGGCGAGGAAGACUGCACCUGCCCAGAGCGCGCAGGUCCAGGAGAACGAUUUCUGUGCCAGCCAACUUUUUUCGACGCUUAGCACCCUGCCGGGUGCGUGCUCGGCAGACUGCAGAAGCCCCCAGCGACAGAGUUCGCCUGUUUUCUGAAGCGUCUAGUUCCGGUUCUGGCAACUCUGGAGAAGAAGGCAAUCCUCAAGGCCAAGCGGGUCAGGAAGGAAACACAGGUGACUACAUGCCCAUGGACAAUUGGGGCUCAGGAGGUGGCCAGGGCUCAAGAGGCCAGGGCUCCAGUAGCCAGAGCUCAGGAGGAAACCAGUGCUCAGGCAGGGGUCUGGGCUCCCGAGGGGUCCAGGGAUGUAGUGGUGGCCAGGGUUCAAGCCACCAGGGCUCAGGGAGCCAGGGUAUAGGAGGAAACCAAUGCUCAGGAAAUGGCCAGGGCCCCACAGGUGGGCACAGUUCCAGCAGUGGCCAAGAAGCCAGUGGUGGACAUGGCUCAGGUAGUGGCCAAGGACCAGGAGAUGGCCAUAAUUCAGGUGGUGGCAAGAACUCCGGAGGGGGCAAAGGCUCAGGAAGUGGGAAAGACUCCGAUGGCAAUGGUGAAUGGGCAAGAUCUCUGAAGAAAAGAUCCUACUUUGGCAAGUUAAUUCAAAACAAGCAACAGGAAAUGCCACCACCUCCACCACCUCCACCUCCGCCCCCGCCAGCUGGAGCAACUGGUGGAAAAGGGAAGUCUAGGGGAAGGUUCCUACUUUAUUUUUCUGCUGACAGAGCAGCCACAAAAGAACGCAAAGAAGUCAAAGAUACAAAGACCCUGGGAGGUGCAUCUCAGGGUCCUCACAGAGCCAGAGCUUUUAAUGAAGAUGAGGACAAUCCAUACGUGCCAAUGAGGCCAGGAAUGGCUGCCCCUCUGGAAAGCUCCAGUGAUUACAUGCCAAUGGCUCCUCAAAACGUUUCUGCUUCAGUAAAGUAUCACUCCCGAUCCUCUUUUGAAGAUUCAAGAGGGUAUAUGAUGAUGUUUCCCAGAGGAAACCCACCACCUGCCCCAAUUCCUCCAAAAGCACCUGAUCCUUAUAAAGAGGAUAACUCUAAGGACAAUGAUAGUGACAGUGAUUACAUGUUUAUGGCUCCUGGAGCUGGUGCAAUUCCAAAAGAAACCCCAAAUCCUCAGGGAGGCUCUUCCUCCAAAAGUUGGAGCUCCUACUUCUCUCUGCCAAAAACUUUUCAGAGCUCCCCAUCGGGACAGAGUGACCACAGUGAGUAUGUACCAAUGUUCUCUGGAAAACUCCUGGGGAAGGGCUUAGUUAAAGAAUGGUCAUCAAUCAGGGGCCCCAAAUAUGCAGCUUCCAAGCCUUCAGUUGAGGGUUUUGAAGCUACCCUCCAGUCAGUCUCAAAACCUGGAGAUGGGAGUUCAGCUCCAAAGCCUUCAGAUGAUGGGCCCCCUAAGGACCAGGCUAAGAGACCUAACCAACUUUCUUUUAUUACAAAAGAAAAUAAAAUCGAGCCCAAAACACAAAAGCCCACACAUGAGCAGAGAGAGGCUGACAACUUUAGUGACUAUGCCAACAUUGACUUCACUAGAAGCAGUGAUACGUCAGCCCCCUUUACUCAAGGACUGCCACAUUCCUGGGGCAUAAUUGCUAACCCCAGACAGUCAGCCUUUUCUCAUUACAUGAAUAUUGAGUUCAGAGUGCCAUUUCGAAAUGCAGCAAGCGUCCUCUCAAAUCUUUUAAGAGCUAUUCCAGGUAUCAACCGCUUCUUUCUGGACGGUGCUAGGUGGCCACUUCUGCCUCUUUUUACCAGUGCUACAGGUAGCAAUGCUAAUGAGGAAGAGUGUGAGUACAUUGAAGUGACAUUCAACCCAGCAAUGACACCAGCCCUGACUUUUGGUGAUCGUGCCAUUCGCUAUGAUGCUGAAACAGGUCGAAUCUAUGUGGUCGACCCAUUUUCUGAGUGCCAUAUGGACAUUUCUCUCUCCCCUAGCCGCUGCUCAGAACCACCACCUGUAGCUAGGCUGCUGCAGGAAGAAGGGCUAGAGAGAAGAAGCACACAAAGCCGUUCGCAAAGUAUAUUUGCAUCCACCAGAGCUGCUGUCUCCGCUUUCCCUACCGACAGCCUGGAGAGACACCUCUACACCUCCCUAGGCUCCACCUCGGCUGUGGGCGCUGAGCCAACCUUAGCUGUAGGCCCCGCUCUAGCCGCUGCCUCCGCCCUCGCAGCGGUCCCAGGCACAGGGGCAGCCGCUGCGGGUUUGGAGGCUGCCUCUGGAUUUAACUCUGCCUCUGCCUGCUGGUUCCAACCUGUUGCUAAUGCUGCUAGUGCCCACGUCGUUGCCAGUAGCUCCAACCCUAGAGCCCAAAACCCAUCUUCAGACCUUGCCAGAGGUGAGAACAGGACUGGUGAGGCUGCUACCGCAGCUGCUGCUCCCCCACCACCACCUCGCCACUGGUUGCCUAGGCGCCCCGAGCGAGAAGAUUCUGAUGAGGAAGACACAUACGUGAGAAUGGACUUCGCCUUCGCUGGACCUGAGGACAAAAAGUUCGACUCUCCCAAAAGAGGUUGGUAA